AGCAACUGUCAAACUUCGACAGGCAGAAAGAAACGCUUAUGAAACGAAUAUAGUUAAGGCGCUUUGUUUUACUUUUCUUUUUUUUUUUUCUUUUUUUUUGACAUAAACACAAUGUCCAAACAAGCACAGAUAAAGAAAAGGGAUCACGCCACCAGCAAAACGUCUGCAUCUGAACGGCAGUAUGAGACAGCCAACUCCUCUGAGAGCCUCGAAAAAACCAAAGUUUACAUCUGGCCCGAGUGGAACGAUACCGAAGUCAGCAAGGAGAAGUGGGACGUAUCUAAAGGAGAAGGCAGAAAGUCAACCAAGACCAAGAGUAAUUCUUUGCCUUUUCAGUCAUUCUUCGACGAUCCAGAAGGAAAGGUGUUUUUGCCCUCAGCCCUGAAGGUGCACACAUGGAAACGUCCAGCUGAGUUUAUUGUUGAUAAGGAUGUGACUGUGGUUGAAAACAAAAUGGACUUUGACCUGGUCUCCCCCAACAAUCAUUUGUUUGGCUGUGAGCUAAUGAGGUGGAUCAUCAGUGAGAUCCAUAUUGUUUGGAUGCUUUACACAGAGUUUACCUUCCAACACGACAGCUGGAAACCCUGGGAGCACAUCUACUCAAUGUGUGACGUGGUGAAAGGUCAUGUGCCACUUUAUAACAGCUAUGGGAAAUAUGUGAUCAGACUUUACUGGAUGGGUUCCUGGAGAAAGAUGAUCGUGGAUGAUAACAUGCCAUUUGAUGAGGAGAAUAAUUUGCUUCUCCCUGCCUCUACUUGUCAGUCAGAGAUUUGGCCAAUGCUGUUGGCUAAAGCUCUAAUUAAAAUAGCCUGCACAAUUCCAGUUUUCAGGGUUGGUGGCGAGAUGGGUGAUUUCACCUUUAUCCACUCCCUCACUGGCUGGUUGCCAGUAAUCACUCCUAUAGUGCCAAAGCACUCAGGAAAAAUAUGGGAAUUCCUUCUAGACACCAUUCCUAAAUUUACACACGAUGAAACGGGUUUCGGAACUUCGACGUCUGACAGUGACGAUCAAGUUGGAGGGAAUGAUUAUCUUCCUCAGGACAAUAGGAGUCUGGUCCAGGAGACAGAAAGAAGCACAGACAGAUCCAGGAGACCCUCUGCCUCUAAUAACUUUGCUGAUCCAGGUCCUCUAAAAGUUGCAGUAUGUGCCAGCUUCUACCCUUCUCUACAAUAUUCUAUUGGGCUUGUUCAAACGGCAACUUCCUCAGAGCGUUUACGGUUUUAUGGUUUGUCGAUGCUGCACAGCCAUGUUGUCCUGUUGACCAGAACCCGAUCAUGUUCGCUGAUACCUCCUCCCAAAGCUAAGAUGGUGUCCCGAUGGAAACUCAUCCGUCUGCGCAAGAAGAUAGUAGUCACAUCUGAGCCUCAAAAGGAAAACAAUUCCUUAUCCCUGAGGGAAUCAUCUCAUAUGAAGAUCUUAAGGGAAGAAUGCAGUACCUUCGCCCUGAAGAAAUCACCUCAAAUAAAGUUCAUAAAAGAGGAACCUGAGCCAUCAAAUGAGAAAUUCAUUGAGGUUACCAGCACUUUUGUAUUUCGCAGUGCCACAGUCUCUGGAAGCAUUGUCCCAGAACCUGACAUAAGCAGUGACGCCUACAACUCGGAACCAGAGACCAAGAUGAGCACACCAAGGAAGCGUUCCCAUAGACCCAGUAUGCUUGCGAUUACUGAGUCAGAGGAGGCAGACAGACGUGAAUCUGAAGGAGUUGAGCCAAGCCUCACUGGCGAAAUCAAAGUGUCUCCACAGGUUACAGCAGAGGACAAGAUAAAGGACAUUGAUCAGAUCGCCAUUGAACCACUGUCAUUUAGAGAUUCUACAGUCAAGAAUGUUAAACCCCUACUGACCACAUGGGUGGACGUGGACGACUUUGCAAAGUGUUUUCAGUCAUUGUUGGUCUUUCACAAACCCCAGAUGUACUCUCAUCAUAUCCAGAAAUCACAAUUCAAGAGCACUCUCCUGUCAAAAGACAUGGGUAGUAUCAGCAGCUCUGGAACGUCUUGUCAAUAUCCUAUCAAUAGAUCUGUGGAGGUAGCAAGUGCUGAGUGUUCAGAAGUAAGAGGAACUUACUAUCUUUUUGUCGACUCCCUGGAACCUUGCGAGAUCCUCGUCAGUUUGUCUGCCUUUCUUCACUGGGGAGACACUAGUGAAAAGACAUGUUCUGUUGAGAAAACGUCAUUCGGAAUACACAGGUGUGCAGCGCUUCUUGUUCAACCCCAGUCCUGGACAAGCUUGCAGGCUCAGCUUCCAGUUCUCACUAUCAAGACCACCUUCUCAAAAGCAGCUGUUCUUAGCUUGGCAGCAGGGCGCAAUGUGUUUUGCCUCCAUGUACAUGCGACUCUAGGCUACCACAUCCAUCUGAGCAGCGAGACUCAAUUCAUGUUAGGAGAUGAAGAAACCAUUAUGCCCACCCUUGGAAAGGAAAGUGUUCGCUUCACUGAGCAGGCUUGGGCCAUAUUCAAAGCCUUAUCCCACGUGGUUGCUUCCUUUUCUGAUGAACAGAAGCUCCCGUCACUCAAACAGAACCUGGAAAAGACUUAUUUCCCCCAAAGUGUCUUUUCCAAAACUGGGACAAGAAAACACCAAAAGCUGUUUAACUUGGCAGUGUGCCACAUGUUUCGUGAGGCCCAGGGCAGAAAGCUGACAUCACAGGAGCACUUUGCACUUCAAGCCCUUACUGCCGACCCCUCAAUUUGGGCCCCAGACAUAGAAGUAUCACCUUCUACCCCAAAUACAAAGGUCCCUGAAGUAUGGGAAGACAGGGAGCCAACAGACAAAGAAAUCCAGGCAGUCACAAUUCUGCAAGCUCGGUUAAAAGGGUAUUUGGUCCGAGCGGCACUUAAAGCCUCAAAACCUGGCAAAGGAAAAAAAGAAAACCUCCGUGUUUCCAAGAUCCUUUCAGAUAUGUGGCAGAAGAUUGAAGCAGAUGCAGCAAAAUAUUCUGCCUUGUUGCUACGAUACAUUAUUGAUAAUUUAGAGGAGGGAGAAGAACUGUACUCCUGUCUGGAGGAUGAAUCGUCAAGAAUCACCUUCGCUGAUUACUCCGUCUCUUUCCAGGACACAAACCAGUCCUGGGCUUUGGUCUUCAGAGAAAUAUUCAUUGUUCCAAAGGAGAUGCAGCUGGUACCGAUCAUCUUCUCUCCAGUUCCUAACUGUUGUCUGCAUGUUGUUAACAAUGACACGGGAGAGGAAAUCGAGAUGAUCAAAGUGGUGCCCCAUGUUUAUAAACCCAAUAAGCUUGGUUAUACGUUUGUUGCAGAGGUGGUAAAACCUGGAUUAGCUGUUAGUGAUAGCAAAUGGAGGAUGCGGUUGAUCGGUUUAAAAGAGCCACUUCCAAAAUUGAGCCGUGAAGUUCCUGUCAGUGCCUUCUCAGUGAAGCAAUUCCAAGAUUAUUACAUUCCAAGCGACAAAAAUCUCAUUUGUCGUUACAGUGUCCAGGUGAUGGCAGAUGCUAUGGGCACAAUUCAGUUUGAAACUUCUGACCCAAAUGUUUUGAUACAUUUGUCUGUUCUGGACAAGGAGGAGGAGAUGGCUGGCAUCACUGGGAGGGGCUUUGUUGUACUACCUAUAUUCUUCUUCAAGGCAAACAAGGGUCAACAGCCAGAAACCAAGAAGGGAAGGCGACAAAGCGCAGAAGCUGCAGUUGAAAAAUCAGCCCAGCCCUCUGACGCCAUCCCGGAUCAUAAGUAUGUGGUGCAAGCAGAGAUGCUCUGUAAGAGCUGGCAUUUAGAUGAAACCCAGCAGGACUUUGUCCAUAUGCUACAAGAAAUGAAGAAGAAUGAAAUCAGAGUGUUCAAGCCUGGAGAUAUUAAGUCUCCGUCUAGAGUCAGCACAUCAAGCCAGAAUGGUACCAAGAUUGAAGCACCAAAAGCAAGCCGAAAAAGUGAUACUGACAGGCACAGAGGAAAGACUAGUGUCUCCAUAAAUGUUUCCAAGCAAGAAUCGAACCUGGACCUGACUAAGCCAAAUUACACACUGCGUGUUGCCACUGACCAUACCAGCCCAGAGAGUGUUGAAGUAAAGAGAGAUACGGAGAGAGUUGAUCAGAUUAAAUCCAUGAAAAAAGCCUGGGAAAUGACUGACCCAGGGCGUUUUGAAAAGGCUUCUCAUUCCCGCCUCCAGUUCCUCAACCAAGUUAAGCAACUGGAAUCUGAUCAUACUUCACCUCAAACUUCACCGACCUCUGAUCAAGUUACCCAGCCCGCUCCAUCCAGCAGUGAAAUUAUCACCCCAGCCUUGCCAGAUCUGUACACAAAGUUCAGUCAUUUGUUCAGACGCCAGAAAGAUGUUCCAGAGCUAUUGGAUUCACAGGGAGAGGAGGCCAGGGAGAAGAAGCAAUAUGAAAACAUCCACAGCUACCGGUUGGUCCGUGAAAGCAUGAUGGAGCGCUACAGGCAGCACAUGAUUGAACAAUAUGAGCUAAAGAAGCGUCACUACGAGAUGUAUGAGAAAGUGCUGGAGACUAGUGAGAAAUUAUCUGAGGAUUACAAAGAAUUUUGCAACCGCAUGCUAACGUUGAUAAAGGAGCAAGAAGAGAAACCAGCUCAGGAGGAGGCUGAGAUGCCACCUCCAUCCACUCCAUCCGCUAAGCAAGGCAAGAAAGGCAAGAAGAAGAAGUAAUCAGUGACUUUGAUCUUCAAUCUCAGUUCACCUCAACGAGUUUGCUGAAGAAUCCUAAUUUUAUUUCUUGUCUGUUCUUUAUGGCACACUGCCAAACUACAGGUUUGGUUGCAUAAUUCAAAGUUGUUUGUCCAUUCAUACUGUUUUAUGACUUUAAACUUUACUUAAACUGCGUUCUGCAGUUGUUUAUGGAUGUUUGUUAUGGUAUCCAGGGGCAGCAAUUUGAUUAUCAUUGGAAAGGGAAUUUAUUUGAAUAAUUCAACUCAAAAAGUGUAACUUUUAUUACACAAAUUGUUAGAAAUUUUGUUAAGUCUGGUUAUUAUAGCUUGCAGGUAAUGAAACCGCCCAAAAAUUGUUUAUUAGAAAAUGUCAUUUUGUAAUUCUUUGAUAAAGAAAUGUUGGCCUACUGAGUAUAUGCACCUAAUAUGUAGAUGGAUUUAGCUUUUAUAAGUGCAACGUUGUACCUCAGCAUCAAAGUGUUCAUCCUGUGCCUCUGCUGAGAUAUUAAGGAAGUCCAGGAGACUUUAAUAGUGACUUUCAACUCAUCUGUAUCGAUGGGUCUGGUGUCCCUCGUUUUCCUUCCUUUCUCCAGACUUUGAGAACCAUAAUUUUUCUGAUGAAUUAGUUUCCAGGCUUUCAUUAGCUGUAGGCUUUAUCCAUCCAAAUUUACUGUCUAAAAUUAUUCUGCAUUGAUGAAUUUCACAUUUUGAGUGGAAGUACUGAACUAAAUUAACUUUUCAAUUAUAUUUUUAUUCUUCUGCAAGUUUUAUUGUAACAACAUAUUUACUUUUUUCCGCUUGUAUUUAGUAACUUAGCAUGAAUAGACUUUAAAAUGCAUAAUUCUAAGGUUUUCCUACCCAAAUCAUCUUCAAUCAUCUUUGGUUUUGGUGUGACCCAGACUGAAAUAACCUGCUAAAUAACUAUCCAAGAUUGAGACAGUUUUACCAUAAGUAAUAAGAAUGAUAAUUUUUUAAAUUCUAAAACACAAAAUAUUUUACAUUACAUUGACAUAUCUGAUGAAGAUUGUUAAACCUCACUUUCAUUUACAGACAGGAAAAAAAAGCUGUUAGUAGCUUUGAUUUAUUCUUUGGAUCCACUUGUUUUUCUUUGAGUCUGCCAGAAUGCCUAGUGUGCCUAUCAGAUUCGGCUAAUCUUUUGUUUGGAUGAAGGUCAUUGUAUUGACUGUCUGACUCGAGUCUUGUCGAAUACAGCAGACCUCCCACAAGCUGAGUGCCACUGAUUGAUUGGUCAGUAGAUAAACUGUAGUCUCUCUGAAACCCGCCACAGUCACAUUCUGCAAGAUGAUGUGAGGCUUGAGAAAGAUUUGGCAGAGAAAACCUCAGGGUGAAUGUGUUGCAUUUUCAAAACCUUAUAAAAGUGUUCAUACCCCUAAGACUUUUAAACAUUUUGGCAGAUUAAAACCACAAACGUCAAAGUAGUCUAUAAUUAGAAAGUGGAAGAAACAUCGUCCCCACAUGGAUCAGUAGUUUGCAUGUUCACCUUUAACUGCAAAUACAGCUUCAAGAAUUUUGGGGUUUGUGUCUGUUGGUUUUCGAUAUCUAGAGACAGAAAUUACAUGUCUGUUUAAAGCUAUGCAGGACUUAAAAAAAAUAAACAAAAACAAGCAUGGACUCAAUCACUCUCAGCUAUUAAAGGGUCAAGGAGAGCAGCUAAUGACUUCAUAACAAAUAUUUUUUUCCUUAAUUUUUUAAGUGAAGCAAAUUAAUGUUAGUGGUCUGUUAUUAGUUUAGUAUUUAGAGUGCGUGGGGUUUUCUUUAUCAGAUUGGGCUGACAAAUGAGAAUGAAAAUUGGAAAUGAAAGGAAGGAUGAUGCCAUCUAGUGGCUGCCUUCAUUAAUAAAUUGUCAUUAACAUGUCUACUGGUUAUUCACUGUUGUUGUCUGAAGGUUAUAUUGGGAUUAUGCUGUGCAUGUAUUUGUGUGGCAUGUGUGUAAUAGAGCAGAGUUAUCUUUAUUUUCCCACAGUUCCACCCUGCGGUAUUCUCAUCCAAAGCUUCUGAACUGUGUGUCUGACAGUGCACAGAUUAUUCUCAGCAAAACGUUGAAGCUUUUUAAGGUGGAUGACUUCAAGUGCACACGAAAGAGUGUUAUAACACUUGCAUUGUUUUAAAUUUUAGAAUAGUUUGAAUACAUAUGUACCCAUGCAUGAAAGCUUGACCACUCUUUAUCUGCAGCUACCUGUAGUACAGUUUUGGCAUUUGAUGAGUGUUAAGAGAUGUGUUUCAGAGCUCACUGAGUCAACCACGGCUCACUGCUCCUGUUGAAAACAAUUAGCCAGUCCGUUAUGUCUACCCUGCACCUAAAUCAUGUUUUCAUGAGUGUUUGCAUGCUGCAGUAUUUUGCCUGCUACGAGAGAGAGAUCUUCUGACUCUCUAAGUGGCAGUGACACGUGUGUAUUAACAGAGAGGCUGUGUGUUAAUUGGCAGCUGUUGGCUUGUGGUUUGAUGCAAAUGCGUUGUGAGCAUCACAGGAACUCCAGUUUAACCUUGAAAGCAAGAGGACACACAGCAACUCGCUCUGUGUGUGUGAGAGAGGGAGAGAGUGAGAGAGACUUCCCACAAGUAAUAAGAAAAUAUUUGAUUCUUAAAUGGACCCACGUUGUAGAUGGAUGAUGAAAUUAAGUGAAAGUAGAUACACAUUCCUGGAGUGCUGGGGAGACUCUCCAUUGUCAGGGCAAUAAUUCAAGAAUGCUUUAAUCAGUUUUCUUUCUGCUGCUUUAGUGAAUGAUUAAAGAGCAUUGGUCCUUAUAAUAUAUGCUUAUUCUGCAAAAUUAUAAAAAUACUUUAUUAAACACAGGGGGAAUUUAAAUAAUUAAUCAAAUAAAUUCAACUUAGAAUACGUUAUACUUGCAUUAGUUCUUGUAUCCAGCUGCACAACUUCAUUCCUGACAUUUCAAGUGUUUCCUUGAGUUGUAUGAUCCUGAAUAUUCACCGAUGUUGGCUAAUGUUCCAUACUUAACCCUUUUCUGAGACAAAAUAGGAAGUUGGACUUUUGCAAGGCAAAAAUAAACCAAGCAUGCAUAACACCA